AUGAAACUUACUUAUGAGAACGCACUGAAGCUCUUAGAGACGCGAAAGCGAAAAGGCCGACCGCAAACUCCAGCCGUACCCCCUGCGCGCCAGAAUGCAACUUCUUCUAACGAUACGCACACCGUAAGAGGUACGCCUAGCUUAGUGGGAAUGAAAGAGUGGUUGCAGAUUUUAGGGCACUCGGACGAUGACGUGAAAGCUCUGAAUAUAAUCCAUAUUGCCGGUACCAAAGGGAAAGGCAGUACCUGCGCGUUUACUCGCGGCUUCCUCCACACGCAUAGUUUGAGAACAGGAUUUCCAAAGCGGAUUGGCUUAUAUACCUCCCCUCACUUGCAAUGCAUUCAGGAGAGAAUCCAAAUUGAUGACCAGCCGAUUACAGAGGACAUCUUUACGAGAUACUUCUUUGAGGUCUGGGAGGGACUUGCGUCGUCUAACCUGGAACAAGCUACUGAAAGCAUAAGACAGCCCCGUUACCUUCAGCUACUGGCUUUGCUGGCUUUCCACACAUUCAUUCGGGAGAAUGUCGACGCGGCUAUAUUCGAGACGCACCAUGGCGGAGAAUAUGACGCUACGAAUGUUAUAGAGAAGCCUGUUGUGACGGGCAUCACAUCCCUCGGGAUGGACCACAUCGCGCAGCUAGGCCCUACCAUCGAGAACAUUGCCUGGCACAAAGCAGGAAUUUUCAAAACAGGCGCACCUGCAUUUUCGGUGCCGCAGGAGGCUGGCCCUGCCCAAGUUUUGCGUAGUCGUGCCACUGAGAAAAUGGUUCCCUUGACUGUCCCCGUCCAACGACUUAACUGCUCUUUAGCCCUCGAUCUGUCCAGAAUAUUUUUACAAAUUAAAGCACCUGACCACAAAUUGGAACCUGGAGAUAUUUCUGCAGCUAUUGAGAAUUUCACCUGGAUUGGGAGGUUUGAGAUUGUCGAAGACGGCUUGUCUCAAUGGUUCUUGGAUGGCGCACACAACACAUUGAGUUUGGAACAAGCGGCAAUAUGGUUUUCUAAGAACACCACAUCCUCAGCUGCGAGAAAGCACCGUGUCCUUAUCUUCAGCCACUUAUCAGAACACCGUGAUGGCGCUACGCUGGUGGAAUGCCUUGCCCAUACUCUUUCCCAGUAUGACGUGUUGCCAGAUGAUGUCGUCUUCACUACGUACGAGGAGAGAGAGGAUGGAUCCAUGAGCAUCGGCAGGUAUCUGAGGAUAUAUUUGUAG